UGGGGGGUCAGCUGCUGCAGCGGAGCAGCAGUGAGUGGCUUGUUCCAGCGUCUAGCCCUCUGACCAGCUGCCGUAUGUACAUGCAUGGACAGGACACGAUCAGAACUACUGUCGCAGACCAGACUUACAUCUAAAGCGCAUGGACAGACUCUGAACACUGACUUCGUGCCGACAGGCUGAGGCUCCACUGGGUGAAAAGGAAGAGAGGAAGACAGGGCAAAAGGGAAAGAGAGACCAAGACCCAGAGAUACACUGACAGAGAAACAGAGAGAGAGCCUCAGUGUUCCCUAACUCUGUAAAGGUAAGGGUAGCAGAGGAGACAUACAAGAGGCAGUGUGUUUAGGAGAGCCCAGGGCAUUUGGGCUGCGUUACCCCUUUAGCCCUCUAGUGGGUGCCCUCGCCCAUAUCAGGCCUGAAGGGACAUGGCCAUCUGAAAGACUCUUCUCUCUACCACCUUCCACCACUCCCUCGAUCAGUCUCUUUUUUUCAACAACGUAACUCUAAUCAAUUCUCGUUGCCAUGGAGAAGACAUACUCCCUCACAGCCCACUACGAUGAGUUCCAGGAGGUCAAGUAUGGUGGUCGCUAUAGCAGCGGCACCCUUAGCAACGGCAUGAGCCUGCACUUGGGCGGGAGCCUAGACCGAAAUAUUGGGCGUGGCCGAGGCAAAGGGGGCGGGGCCAGUGAUCGGUGUCGGGACCUGAGUGGCAUCAACAGAGGACAGGGACUUCCUCGUUGGAGCCGCAGGGAGAUCUGCCUGCUCUCUGCUCUGGUGUUUGCUGUGGGGAUGUGUGUCAUCCUGGGCAGCAUGCUGGCACUCAAAUACAUCUCCCUGGACUUCCAGCAAGAGGCGCACUGCAGACAGGACUGCCAGAAGAAACGCUCGUUAGUCCGCGCCGCACGCUUCAUCCAGGCCAACAUCGACCCCACCAUCCAGCCCUGCCAGGAUUUCUACAGCUUUGCCUGUGGUGGCUGGCUACAGCGCCAUGGCAUCCCAGAGGACAAGCUGAGCUAUGGCAUCAUCACCGCCAUCGGAGAGCACAAUGAGGAGAAGCUACAACGUCUCCUGCUGGAGCCAGUGCACCGGCACACCGUGGACUCUGCGGAACGCAAGGUGAAAGAGUUCUACCGCUCCUGUGUGAACAUCCAGGAGAUUGACAAGCUGGGGUCGGGACCCAUGACGGAGGUGAUUGACAGCUGUGGCGGGUGGGACCUGGUUGGAGUGCCCUCUGGUGGUGCAGGGUGGGAGAGCAGUACUGCACCAGCCAGACCAGACUUUAACGAGUUGCUCUAUAGGACCCAGGGGGUGUACAGCACUGCAGUCUUCUUCUCUCUGACUGUCAACGUGGACGAUAAGAACUCCUCACGCAACGCUAUCAGGAUUGAUCAGGAGGGGCUCACACUGCCUGAGAGGACUCUGUACCUGGGGCAGGAUGAGGACAGUGUGAAGAUCCUGGCGGCUUACAAGGCCCUGAUGGAGCGUCUGCUAAGCAUGCUGGGGGCUCACAAUGCCACUCAGAAGUCCAAAGAGAUCCUACAGCUGGAAACACUCCUAGCCAACAUUACUGUGUCUGAGUAUGAUGAACAGAGAAAGGACAUCAACACUAUGUACAACCGCAUCACCCUGAGACAAUUACAGCGCAUCGCUCCUAGUCUGCAUUGGAAACGUUUGUUGGACAGAAUUUUCCAUGAUAACUUCUCUGAGGAUGAAGAGAUCGUGGUGUUGGCUACUGACUACAUGGAGAAAGUCUCCGAGAUCAUCAAGACCACCUCCAAAAGGGUUCUCCAUAACUACAUGCUGUGGAGGAUUGUAGCAGCUCUCAGUGAACACCUGUCCACGGCGUUCCGGAGCACCAUCCAUGAGUUUUCCCGGGAGAUUGACGGUACGGAGCGUCAACUGGAGCUGGGGAGGCUGUGUUUCACCCAGGCCAACAAACACUUCGGCAUGGCCCUGGGAGCACUCUUCGUCCAGCAGCACUUCUCUCCUCACAGCAGGGCCAAGGUACAGGAGCUGGUAGAGGACAUAAAGCACUCACUGAACCUCCGGCUGCAAGAGCUGGACUGGAUGGAUGAGGUGACCAAGGAGGCAGCCAGGGCCAAGCUGCAGCAUAUGAUGGUGAUGACAGGCUAUCCAGACUUCCUACUCAAACCAGAGCUCAUAGACCAGGAGUAUGGGUUUGAUGUGGAUGAAAAUACCUAUUUCAAAAACAUCCUCAACAGUAUUAAUUUUAACAUCAAGAUGUCUGUCAAGAAGAUCCACAAGCAGGUGGACAAGACCGCGUGGCUCCUUCCCCCUCAGGCCCUCAAUGCCUACCAUCUCCCAAACAAGAACCAAAUGGUAUUUCCCGCUGGAAUCCUUCAGCCCACGCUGUACGACCCCGACUUUCCACAAUCUCUGAACUAUGGAGGAAUAGGAGCCAUCAUCGGUCAUGAGCUGACACAUGGAUAUGAUGACUGGGGGGGACAGUAUGAUCGCCACGGCAACCUGAAGCAGUGGUGGACGGAGGAGUCAUACAAGAAGUUUCAGAAGAAAGCAGAGUGCAUCGUCAAACUCUACGACAACUUCACCGUCUAUAACCAGAAAGUGAAUGGUCGUCUGACUCUGGGGGAGAAUAUAGCAGACAUGGGAGGCCUUAAACUGUCUUAUUUUGCAUAUCAGAAGUGGAUCAGAGAACAUGGUCCAGAAAGACCUCUCCCUGGACUCAAAUACACACAUGAACAAUUACUCUUCAUCGCCUUCGCACAGAACUGGUGUAUGAAGAGACGGUCUCAGUCCAUAUACCUGCAGCUACUGACUGACAAGCACGCACCAGAGCAUUACAGGGUGAUUGGCAGCGUGUCCCAGUUUGAUGAGUUUGCCCGAGUGUUUCACUGUCCAAAGGGUUCCCCCAUGCAUCCUGUCAAGAAGUGUUCUGUAUGGUGACCUCUGAACUCCUCCACCCACCAACAACUAGAAUUUACCUGUGACCUCAACUCUCCUCAACAAUCUGUCUGAGGUGUUCUGUUCAGAUUCACUUCCAUCUCAAUCCUGGGACUACCUUUUUCUCUUAUCAUAGAAUUUGCAAGCAAAUAAUGUCAUCACCACCAGGCAAAACCAUGAUCACUUCACUGUCUACUCAUGUACAUAUCCAGUGCUUGACUUGGGCAGGAGGUCACUGGUACCUCAAAUGUUCUACCGCUUGAGCUCCUGUUCCUCUUAUAGAAUAGUAUUAGCUCAAAGUAUUGUGGAGCUCCUGUACCCAAAAUGAGUACCAGCACCUAUUUCAAUCCAAGUCAAGCACAUCAUUUAUUUAUAUUUACUUUGUGUCAUGGGAUUACCUUUUUGGUUUUGAAUUGGCAUGUCAAUUCAUUAAUUAUUUGAAUCACUUAAACAUCAGAUGUUGACAGUAGUAAAGAGCGUUAUUAAAUCAUAUUGAAGGGAUUGGGGAUUGUACUGCCAGUAUGGACUGCAUUCACUCAGAUCAAUGUUUUGCCUGCCAUUUCUAUGAGGUAAAUAGUGGACACUGUGCUGCUGUCCAGUGGCUAGACAGAGAAGUGGUCUCCGAUGUGGAGACCUUGUUCGUCUUGACUGUUGUUGCCGCCAUUGGAAUGGUGUUACUGUGCAUUUGUACGGUUUUGAAUCCAUAGUGACCUUUUGCUCAGGAUUUGUAGCUAAGUGUCCCCAGUGGCAAAGAAUAGUGAUGGAACAUCAUGGACUAGUCUGUCUGAACCAUUAACCUCUCACACCUUAGUGUACAUCAAGGUGAACUAUGCUUCUCAAUCCACUGGAGACUACAAUCUCCCAAUGUCUCACUGUCUCACUGUCACACCCCAGAGUAUGGAUUCUUUAGCAUGACGAUUGUGUUUAAGAUAGAAGCAUGAACCUGUUGAACAACAUCAUCCAUCCUAUUGGACUCUGAGCC